AUGACGUUCCUGUCAGGAGCUACUCAGACCAUGUCAGCGCAGGGUCAGAAUUUGGUGACAGAUAACGUAUCAGUGAUCGAGGGCGAGACAGCCACCAUCAGCUGUCGAGUGAAGGAUAACGAUGACUCCGUCAUCCAGCUCCUCAACCCCAACAGACAGACUAUCUACUUCAGAGAUGUCCGGCCCUUGAAGGACAGCCGGUUUCAGUUGGUUAACUUCUCCGACAACGAACUGCGGGUGUCGUUGUCCAACGUGUCACUCUCCGACGAGGGCCGAUAUGUGUGCCAGCUCUACACAGACCCCCCACAAGAGGCAUAUGCCAAUAUCACUGUGUUGGUCCCACCAGGCAACCCAAUCAUCGAGUCUCGAGAGGACAUCGUCAGCGAAGGUAACGAGACAGAGAUAACCUGUACUGCUAUGGGGAGCAAGCCUGCCUCCACCAUCAUAUGGAUGAAAGGAGACCAGCAACUACAAGGCGAAUCGACAGUUGAAGAGACAUACGACAGGAUGUUUACCGUCACCAGCCGGCUGACGCUCACCGUCUCCAAGGAGGACGACAGAGUGCCCGUCAUCUGUAUUAUUGACCAUCCAGCCGUGAAGGACUUCCAAGCACAGAAAUUCCUUGAAGUGCAAUAUAAACCAGAGGUUAAAAUUGUUGUGGAGUUUCCAGAUGGUUUGACAAGAGAGGGGGAAAAUCUUGAGCUGAUUUGUGAGGCAAAGGGCAAACCACCACCUCAAAUUAACUGGUUUAAAGUGGAUGAUGUCCCACCCCAUGCAGUGAUUGCGGGUUCUCACCUCUUAAUUGAAAAUCUCAACAAGUCUUACAAUGGAACAUAUCGCUGUGUGGCAUCAAACUUAGUGGGAGAAGCCUACGAUGAUUACAUCCUUUAUGUGUACGAUGUUCUCACCACAACCCCUACACCCACUACCAUCACCAUCAACCCUGACGCCGCCCAAGACUCAAGAGCAGAAGAAGUGCCGCAGAAAAUUGACCAUGCAGUCAUCGGAGGCGUCGUGGCUGUGGUUGUGUUCGCCAUGCUUUGUCUACUAAUCGUCUUAGGACGAUACUUUGCGAGACACAAAGGUACCUACUUUACCCAUGAAGCCAAAGGGGCAGAUGAUGCAGCAGAUGCUGACACAGCUAUCAUUAAUGCAGAAGGCGGUCACAGCAACUCAGACGACAAGAAAGAAUACUACAUCUAA